AUGUCCAUGCAUUGAUUGUCGGAAUGUAGAACGUCAACUGGGCAGUGAUGUAGUUGAUCAUCUUGUAAGAAGAGGAAUGGACGAGUCUUACAAGAUGCGUAAGGAUUGGUAUCAUCAUGAAGUUGUGAGUUCAGGGGCUGAGGAUGAAAUCCAAGCAACUAUGUGGAAUGAUGAGAUUGUUGGAUUAUAUAAAGCGGCUGAGUUUUUAGAUGAACAGUUGGUUACACAAGCUGAUAUUUGUGAGAUUGUUGAGGGUGAGGACAGGUAUGAAGAUGAGUUCCUCGAAAAGCUAGCAGAUGCAGAAACACCGUUGUACCCAAAUUGUGUGAACCACAGCAAGCUAUCUGCUAUCGUUUCAUUGUUCCGGAUUAAGACACAAGGUGGUUGGUCUGAUAAAAGCUUUAAUAUGCUGCUGGAGACAUUGCCGGAGAUGUUACCGGAGGACAAUGUACUUCACACAUCAUUGUACGAUGUGAAGAAGUUUCUGAAGUCUUUUGAUAUGGGUUAUCAAAAGAUUCAUGCUUGUCCUAACGAUUGCUGCCUAUUCCGAAAUAAGUACAAGAAGCUUAACAACUGUCCAAAAUGUAAGGCUUCAAGAUGGAAGAUGAAGCACACUGGUGAAGUUAAGAAUGGGGUUCCACAGAAAGUGUUAAGGUACUUCCCGAUAAUUCCACGUUUGAAGAGGAUGUUCAGGUCUGAAGAAAUGGCCAAGGACUUAAGGUGGCAUUUUACCAAUAAGAGCACUGAUGGGAAAAGUCGUCACCCUGUAGAUUCUGUAACGUGGGAUCAGAUAAAUGCCAAUUACCCAUCUUUUGCAGCUGAACCAAGGAACAUACGGCUUGGUCUUUCCACAGACGGAUUUAAUCCUUUCAACAUGAAAAACACCAAGUACAGUUGUUGGCCUGUGAUGUUAGUUAACUACAAUAUGCCUCCACAUCUAUGCAUGAAGAAAGACAAUAUCAUGCUUACCUUGAUGAUUCCUGGUCCGCAUCAACCUGGUAACAGUAUAGAUGUAUACUUGGAGCCUCUGAUAGAAGAUUUAAUUCAUCUGUGGAACCAUGGAGAGACAACAUAUGACGCCUUUAGUAAAACCACUUUUACUCUCAAGGCAAUGCUCAUUUGGACUGUAAGUGAUUUCCCUGCGUAUGGAAAUCUUGCUGGCUGCAAGGUUAAGGGUAAAAUGGGCUGUCCUUUGUGUGGAAAAAACACAGAUAGUUUUUGGUUGAGUCACAGUAGAAAGCAUGUAUAUAUGUCUCAUAGAAAGGGUCUAUCACCGACACAUAGAUAUCGCGGAAAAAAGGGAUGGUUUGAUGGAAAAUCUGAGCAUGGGAGAAAGGCUAGGAUUCUAACGGGUCAGAAUAUUUCUCAAAUCCUGAGAAAUUACAAAAACGAUUUUGGAAAUGUAAAGAAAGAUGGAAGAAAGAGAAAAUUGACUGAGUGUGUUGGAUCUAGCUCUGACAUGGACGACGAAUCUAAUGAAUCAGAGGAAGAGGAAGAAGUUGAAGUAGAUGAGGAGGAAUUAUCAAGAUGGAAAAAAAGAUCCAUAUUUUUCAAGCUUUCUUACUGGGAGGAAUUGUCGCUAAGACAUAACUUAGACGUAAUGCACGUAGAGAAAAAUGUUGCUGCGAGCAUUGUAUCUACAUUGUUGCACUGCGGGAAAUCAAAGGACGGUCUCAAUGCCCGAAAAGAUCUGCAAUUACUAGAUAUACGUAAAUGUUUGUCAAGCUAGUUGAGCUUAUGUGGAUCAAAAUAUUAUUAUAGAUAUAUAAUUAUAAGCAUUAUAUUGCAUGAAGAUACAAAAUUUAUAUGAAAAAA